AGACCCACGCACGAAACGCACUACCCUUUGCUCGUGCUCAUGUCAUGCGAGCCAGCUUCGUCAGCUCAGGAGCGCGUGCCAGAUCCAACGCGCAGGGGACAGCUCCCGGGUGCUGAAAUUGUUCGGCGCUCCAAAGAGAGAAAGAGAGACACGGAGGAGGGAAGAAAAAUCAACGCCUGCAUUAGACACAAAUAUAAAAACCGUAUUCUGCAAAACAGGGGCAGACACAGAUAGAACCAAGGCCUUCAAAACAGAUGGCUGCCACUCAAGAUGUGAAAGGGAAAGGGGAGGGAGGGGACCAAAACUUCGACUACAUGUUCAAGCUGCUGAUCAUCGGCAACAGCAGUGUGGGCAAAACGUCUUUCCUGUUCCGCUACGCCGAUGACGCCUUCACCUCGGCCUUCGUCAGCACAGUGGGCAUCGACUUCAAAGUGAAAACCGUGUACAAGAAUGACAAGAGGAUUAAACUGCAGAUCUGGGACACAGCAGGCCAGGAGCGCUACAGGACCAUCACCACUGCCUACUACCGCGGGGCCAUGGGCUUCAUCCUCAUGUAUGACAUCACCAACGAGGAGUCUUUCGGUGCUGUGCAGGACUGGUCAACCCAGAUAAAAACAUAUUCGUGGGAUAAUGCACAGGUGGUGCUGGCUGGGAAUAAAUGUGAUAUGGAAGAGGAGAGAGUGGUCUCAGUGGAUAGUGGCAGACUGCUGGCAGAACAGUUGGGAUUUGAAUUCUUUGAGACCAGCGCCAAGGACAACAUCAAUGUGAAACAGACCUUUGAACGUCUCGUUGACCUUAUUUGUGACAAGAUGUCCGAGAGCUUGGACACAGAUCCGGCUGUCACCACAGGAGCUCCCACUGCCAAACUCACAGACAGCGCUCCGCCCCUCCAGCAGCCCGGGUGCAACUGUUAGUGACCAGGGUCAGGAGGGCAAAUGGAGGGCAGCGCAGAUCUUGUAAGGUGAUAGAGUGUGCAGAGUUUUGUUCUCCCUCAGCAUAAUCACUCCUGCUAGUGCUGCUUUCUCUGGACUACAAUUCAAACCUUGUUUAGUGGUAGAAUUACAAAAUGCAGUCGUAUUAUCUCUCAACCUUUAUCACCUUAUAUCAAGAGCGAAUAACCAGACAAACAGACAUGUCUACUGUAAAAUGUGUAAUGUUACAGGAUAUCAAGGAUAUACUCUUAGAGACAUCAUAAUCUCAUUCUUUGGCUAGUUAGUACAGUUAUGAACCAAGUAUGUUUGAUAAUGCUGAAAGUAGUCCAUAGUCAGGCUGUACAGUUAAUCCUAAAGACCUUUAAAAUCUUUUAAGACCUAGAGUAAUUAUACAAUGGGAGAUAGAGUCAGUGAGUGCUUUAAUAAUUAUUUGGUUUUUAUUUUUUGUACAGUAUGUAUUUUCCUUUUAUAGAUUUAUUUUAUCUCGUAAAGCUGCCAAAUCUUUGAAUUAGGGCACUAUAGGAUGUAGCGGCUUUUUUUUGUUUUAUUUUUUGUGCAGUGUGUCUGUGUAUGAAUGGGUGGCCGUUGCGUGAAUGUACAGUGUAGUAAGUGUGGAUUUGCAUGAGUGUGAGUAUUAUGUUUGAGUCACAAAUGAGUGCAACUUGUCAUCUAAAAAUCAUCUACCUUGGAUAAAAAAAUAAGUGGCCUUUUAGCAUCUCCAACAUGGCCUCCGUAAGUUCCUCUGUCAUGCUUACAUUUGGAUUGAAUCCAGUAUGUGUAUUGUUGGUGUGAGUACUAUUCCACAUUUUGUUGUCUGUAGAUGUGUGAUUCCUCUGAUAAGUAUCUUUAAAAAAAAAAAUCUAAAUCUUAAAAGCAAAUCUUUCUAUGUGCUUAGUCUCUAAGAAGACCCUUUAUAGUUUGAUGCGACAAGCAUGCAGCCAAAAAGUCAAUCAUAUGUGCUGUUUUUUCUGAAGAUAGGCCUUACCCAAACCUAACCAUCCCCACCUCCACAUGAUAGCAAUGAUCUAGCAUUUCCAUUCAAUAAAAAUCUCACACUUACAAGGCACAGUACAGUGUAUGAUAUACAACUGUUGAUCAGCUCCGGCAUGGAAUAAACAGCCAUAUAUAUACAAAAAAUAAUGUUUAAUUUUUGAGUUGGCAUGCUUAAAGUUCAUGUUUGUGCUAUAAAAUUUAGUCCCUCUUUGGAAAAAAAAAAUCUCAGUAAGCUGUUUAGGAAGUAUCCCCUAGCAGUCAUAUACAGUGCUGUUGUGGUCUUAAUGAUAACUUUAAGUCCAUAUAGUGUAAAAGCUGUAUCUUGUUUUAAAAUCCAGAAAGCCUUUUGGUUCUGUAGAACACACGCAAUCCAUAAUAUCAGUGUGCCAAAACAUUACUGUUCCUUUAGCAUUGUCAGUUGUUUGUUGCAUAGUUGAAUAAAAGUUCCAAAAAAUUGCAUGAAGUCAGUCCUGACUUAUCUAUGUAGAUUUAUAUUCUAAGAUAGUGUAUAUAUCACUCUAUGUUACAGAUUUAGAAGCAUUUUCAUAGCACUUGCUGUGAGAUGCAAUGGGCCAAUAAGUGCAAUAUUUUAUUAAUUAAACCCUGUACAUAGUUUCUCCUGUCCUCGACUACAGUGACCCUAUCUGCAGUAUGUGAGUGACAGUUUGGUCAGAAUGGCUCUGAAACUGAUGUACAAUCUCUAAAAAGGAGUGUGUGCUUCAUUCAGUAACUGCAGUCACUGAACGUGUGACUGGGUGUGUGUGUGUGUGUGUGUGUGUGUGUGUGUGUGUGUGUGUGUGUGUGUGUGUGUGUGUGUGUGUAUGUGUGUGAACUUGCCAUAUUGAAGAGACAAAUUACAUAAUAUAGUGUAUUGUUUGUGUAUACCUUUUGUACAAAUGUAUUCACGUACUAUAUGCUGUUCCUGCUAACGGUUGUAUUAUCAUGUCAAAAUGAAGUGUUGUUGUGAAAGAUAGUCAGGGAGAUAACUAAGUCCAUGCCAUUAUGCCAUACUGUUGUAAUUCCAAGUAAAGGGAUACACAUUAA